GAAGGCACCACGAAACCCUGUUCCAUUGAUCCGGGGAUCCAGGCGCCGGUAGGACUCUCUUCUGUGUUUCCACGCCUCCUACUUUCACCCCCAUUGUGGUGAAUCUCCGGCUUGCACUCACUUUGCCAGACUUCCAGGAGUUGGAGAGACUGACUGAAGACGGAACACCGACAACUUUUAAAAACAUCUCCUCUUUCACGCAUGGAUCUACUUUCUUCUCUCGAGGGAAUUCAAGGAGUUGCACCGGUUUACGCUGCUGGAAAUGUUGGAGACUUUACUCGAAGAGAAAGGGCACACGUACCCGACGCUGCUGCGAAGUUGUAAAAGUAGUUUCCCUUGAUUUUUUUUUUCCGCCAGCAGCUCAGACUUGGUGUUUCUCCUGCCUGUAGACUCACAGCCAUCAUGGCGAGGCGGGCAGGCGAGAAGCGUCUGGUUUUGACGCCGAAUUCGCGCGCUGCUUUUCGGAUUAACCACCUCCGGUUACACGGAGGCUUGUUGGCUUUUUUGUGGAGCUUCGCUUUAAUUUGCUCGGCUCUUUCUUGUGGAUAUUGUACAGCCGAGUCGGAGUUUUCCAUCCUGGAGGAAGCGCAAGUUUUGGCCGACCAGAUGAAAAAACUGUCCUCUCAGGAGCUGGGAGUCUUUACCAUGCAGAGGAUUUUCAACUCGUUCGUGUACACCGAGAAGACAUCAAACGGAGAGACAGAAGUGCAGCAGCUUGCCAAAAAGAUCCGUGAAAAGUUCAACCGCUACCUGGAUGUGGUGAACAGGAACAAACAAGUCGUGGAGGCCUCGUACACAGCUCACCUCACCUCUCCGCUCACCGCCAUCCAGGACUGCUGCUCCAUACCUGCGUCUAUGAUGGAGUUUGAUGGAAACUUCAAUACCAACGUCUCCAAGACCAUCUGCUGCGACAGACUCUCCCCCACCGUCAACAGCCGAGCUUUCAACCCGGGACGGGACCUCAACUCAGUGCUAGCAGACAACCUGAAGUCUAACCCAGGGAUAAAGUGGCAAUACUUCAGCUCAGAGGAGGGCAUCUUCACCGUCUUCCCUGCCCACAAGUUCCACUGCAAAGGAAGCUACGAGCACCGCAGCAGACCCGUGUACGUGUCUGCAGUGCGUCCUCAGUCCAAACACAUCGUGGUUAUGGUCGACCACGGAGCGUCUGUGACUGACACCCAGCUUCAGAUUGCCAGAGACUCGGCACUGGUCAUCCUGAACGCCAUCGAUGAACAUGACAAGAUCUCCAUCCUGUCGGUAGCAGAGACAGUUCGCUCCUGCUCUCUGGACCAGUGCUACAAGAGUCUGCUGUCUCCAGCCACCAGUGAGACGAAGAGGAAGAUGAGCACCUUCAUCUCCAACAUUAAGGCCUCUGAUGGAGCCACACAGCAUGCAGCCGGCUUCCAGAAGGCUUUCCAGCUGCUCCGAAACACCAGCAGUCUCUGGAAACAGCCUGCCACCACAGACAUGGUGAUCAUCUACCUGUCGUCUGGCAUCACAUCUCGAGAGUCGUCAGAGCAGGAGAAGAGAGCAACGCUCAGCGUGGUUAGAGAGGAGAACCGACAUCUGAACAACUCGGUCAUGAUCCUCACCUAUGCUCUCAUGAAUGAGGGAGUAACAGGCCUAAAGGAGCUGGCCUUCCUCAGAGAUCUCGCCGAGCAGAAUUCAGUGAAAUACGGUGUUGAUCGGACCUAUGACAGAGACCGCUCCUUAGCAGCAUCCUCAUCCGGAUCAGCAGGAGCUUCAAUGAUGCCAGUAAUGAAGGGAAGCAUGAUGGUGCUGAACCAGCUGAGCAACCUGGAGACAACAGUGGGCCGAUUCUACAUUAACCUGCCCAACCGUAUGAUCGACCUGGCUCGUUUCAGCCUGCCCUACGCUGACCCCAUGGGUGAUGGGUUUAUUAUGACUGUGAGCCGGCCGUGUUAUUUUGGUAACCUGCUCCUGGGCGUGGUCGGUGUGGAUGUAAAUCUGGCCUACAUCUUGGAGGAUGUCACCUACUAUCAGGACUCUCUGGCUUCAUAUACAUUUCUCAUUGACAACAAAGGUUAUACCCUGAUGCAUCCAUCACUGACUCGACCUUACCUGAUGACGGAGCCUCCUCUGCACACUGACAUCAUCCACUACGAGAAUAUCCCAGGCUUCCCUGUAGUCAGACAGAACAUCCUUGGCCUCCCUCUGGGCAGUCAGGUCAUCUCUGUGCCUGUAAACUCCUCUCUGUCCUGGCACACAAACCGGCUCCGGGACAACAGCAAAGACACGUACAACGUCAGCUAUGCCUGGAAACUGGUCCAGGACACGUCGUUCAUCCUGUGCAUCGUGUACGUGCAGCCGGAGAUCCCGGUGAAGCAGCUGAAGAACCUCAACACCGCGCCCAGCUCCAAGCUGCUGUACCACCGCUUAGACCUGCUGGGUCAACCCAGCUCCUGCUUGCACUUCAAACAGCUCGCCACAGUCGAAUCCCCCACAGUGAUGUUGGCAGCUGGGAGUUUCUCCUCUCCCUACGAGCACCUCAGUCAGCCAGAAACAAAGCGCAUGGUGGAGCACUACACCGCCUACCUGAGCGAUAACACCAGGCUCAUCGCCAACCCUGGCCUCAAGUCCUCUGUCAGGAACGAGGUUAUGGCAACCAGUCACGUCACGGAUGAGUGGAUGACACUAAUGGAAAUGAGUAGCCUCAACUGCUACAUUGUCCGACGUUACAUAGCAACGCCCAGUGGGGUGCUCCGGAUUUACCCAGGAUCACUGAUGGACAAAGCCUUCGACCCGACCCGCAGACAAUGGUACCAGCAUGCUGUGGCAAACCCAGGUCUCAUCACCUUCACUGGACCGUAUCUGGAUGUGGGUGGGGCUGGAUAUGUUGUCACCAUCAGCCACACCAUCCACGCCUCCAGCUCUCAGAUGGCUCCUGGCUAUGCAGUUGCAGUGAUGGGUAUUGACUUCACUCUACGUUACUUCUAUAAAGUGCUCCUGGACCUACUGCCCAUCUGCAACCAGGACAAAGGGAACAAGAUCAGGUGCUUUAUCAUGGAAGACAGAGGGUACCUGGUUGCUCAUCCCACUCUCAUUGACCCCAAAGGCCAUGCCCCUGCAGAGCAACAGCACAUCACACACAAGGAGCCACUGGUGGCAAAUGACAUCCUGAAUCAUCCCAACUUUGUCAAGAAAAAUCUGUGUAACAGCUUCAGUGACCGCACCGUGCAGCGCUUCUAUAAGUUCAACACCAGCAUAAUGGGGGACCUCACCAACCUGGUCCAUGGUAGCCAUUGCUCUAAGUAUCGUCUGACUCGAAUCCCUGGCACCAACGCCUUUGCUGGCAUCGUCAACGAGACAUGUGAUUCUCUGGCGUUCUGCGCCUGCAGCACCGUGGAUCGGCUCUGCCUCAACUGCCACAGAAUGGAGCAGAAUGAAUGUGAGUGUCCGUGUGAGUGCCCCCUGGAGGUGAACGAGUGUACAGGCAACCUGACCAAUGCUGAAAACAGGAACCCGAGUUGUGAGGUGCAUCAGGAGCCAGUGAGUCUGAAUGUGAUUGAUCCCAGUCUGCAUGACACUCUGCCCCAGUGUAUCAACACUCGUUGCAGCCAGAGAUACACCAGCAGUGACUGCUUCGGCGUGUUGGACUGUGAGUGGUGCAUGGUGGACAGCGAUGGUAAGACUCACCUGGACAAGCCUUACUGUGCCCUGCAGAAGGAGUGCUUUGGGGGCAUCGUUGGUGCAAAGAGUCCCUAUGCAGACGGCCUGGGACUCAUGGAUGAGGAGGUUGCAUCUCUAAACAUGAUCAAGAGCGCACCUGUUGGUCCAGUUGCAGGAGGCAUUAUGGGGUGCAUCAUGGUGCUGGUGUUGGCUGUGUAUGCCUACAGACACCAGAUCCACAGGCGCUCACAUCAGCACAUGUCACCGCUGGCAGCACAAGAAAUGUCAGUGAGGAUGUCUAACCUGGACAAUGAAAGAGAUGAGAGGGAUGAAGACAGCCACGAGGACAGAGGAAUAAUCAGUAACACUCGAUUCAUCGCUGCGGUGAUCGAGCGGCACACUCACACUCCUGAACGAAGGCGAAGGUACUGGGGACGGUCCGGGACAGAGAGUGACCACGGCUACAGCACCAUGAGUCCACAGGAGGACAGCGAGAAUCCACCAGGAAACAACGACCCGCUGUCAGCAGGCGUAGACGUCGGUAACCACGACGACGACUUGGACCUGGACACGCCUCCUCAGACGGCGGCGUUACUCAGCCACAAGUUUCACCCCUACCGGCAUACGCACACGCACCACCACCCGCUGCACACGCACACGCAUCACCUGCAGGCCGCGGUCACCGUGCACAGCGUGGAUGCAGAGUGCUGAUCUACAGCGCAGCGGGAACUCUUUUUUGAUUAUUUUCAAUAGUGACUCCUUUAAAAGACGUUUGUGCAGACGAUGCUGUCAGGACGAACUGACAGAGGGAGACAGACUGCUGGACUCCAACAACAGCAUCAUAGUGCUGCUGGGACCUCCGUCAUGUAUGGUUGGGUGUUCCCUUCAUGGUCUCAUUGUGCCAGCAUCUUAAUCUCAACCCUUUUUUUUCAACCUGGUUCAGGAUCUAGCAUGUGUACUCAUAUUUUAUACAUCAAAUUACCAGAUCUGGGCCAGUUGACAUAAUCAGAUGGGAGUUUUAAACUCUUUUUAGAGGAAUUUGGCAUCCUGGACUCUUCAAGAGCACAUAACAACCUUUGGGAACAAAUUAAAACAGUGUUUGAGUCCAUUUAUUGAGGAAAAGACACAACUGGAAGCUGUUUGUUUUGGGACAAAUAUCUUCUUUUCCACAUGGAGGCGAGAGGAUAAUUAACAGGACAUUAACAUAGCUCAUGGCAGCAGGAUGAGGACAAAGGACUUGCAUGUUUGCAAAAGCAUCUCAUAAGAACAGUAAACUUCAGUUUCCAACAGAUUGGGAGCUAAAAUGGGAUUCUGUUGCUUCUUCACACAGACAGAAAAGUUUUCUGUGCUGGCUUUGGAAAUACAUUUGGACAUUUUCGUCAUGUUUGUGUGCUUCAAAGUACAAACAAGUCUUCAAUAAUCCAGCUAAAGAUAGGAAGAAACACUUAAAGGAGGAAAUGAUUAUUUUUCUACUAUUUAUUAAAGAGGUAGAUUGUCAGGACAGAUGAGCAAGCAGCUGUAGCUAACACAGCCGGAGUAGUCAGAAUAUGUGAUGCGUAACGAACCACUGGCUGUCACAUUUAGGGCUGAUGAUUUCACUUUUUUCCCUAAAAACUCAUGACUGGUUGAGAAGAGAAUCAGUGGUAAAACAAACAGGACUAAUUUUCCCAUCAGAAGCUAAGCAACUUUAUUGAUCAUCUUUGUAUUUUUCUCAUUCUCAAUCACAAGAAACCUGUUCUAAGCAGCCUUUUUCAAUAGAAAUAACUGCUUAUUCUAGAGAACAGAAAUGUUUUUGAAACAGCCUGACCUUCCUCAAAUGUGAGUUAAAAUCACAUCUAUUCUGGUCAAAUAAAAAGCAGGAAUUUCCUGGUCAAAGUGCUGUCCCUUCUGUCCUACCUGAGUGGAUAAAAGCAGUUCCUUUGACCGCAUCAUUUUUGCCUCUGAGGCCGGGCUAAAACUGUAUCAAUGUUUAGGUUGCAAGCUGGAUUUAAAAAAAAAAACAGAAAAUCAAGCUGAAUUUUCCAGGGAUGCCAGAGAUGGAGUCUCCCUCUCUCUGAGAGAGUGAAAGAUGAAGAGGCGCUGCUGUUGUUGUACAGAGGUUUAAAUCCAUCUGUCGGCUCCUGUGUGGUUAACCACUCAAAAUAUCUUUUGUAUAUGACUCUGGUUUAACAACACUGCAAAAACUCAAAUUUAAUCAAGUGUGUUUGUUCAGUUUCUUUGCUAAAAUAUCUCAAAACACUCUGCACACUCACCUGAGAAGCCUUGAUAAACCUCUUAUGCUAGAGAUGAGGGCUGAAUUGCUUGUAAUGAGUGAAAAUGGCCCCAAACUAAUUUCUUGUAAUGACACAUUGAAUGUCAUUUAACCCUUUCAUGCAUGGUGGUACAUAGUGAGACCACAGUGGAGAGCUUUCAUGAUCCAGAGUCCUCCAGAUGAGUAUUGAUCAUAGACUAUCGAUAAUAUUAAAUGAUAUCCAAGUAAUGUCAGCCAUGUAGUCACUGAAGUAGGCUUUUGUAGCAAUCCAUGGUGGUCAAUAAUGUCCCAGAUUAGCCUCCUUAAAGCCUGCUACACGCUACUUCUUGGCUUAUAGUCAUAUUGGCCAUCCUCGAAUUAUAAUUAACUUUUUUAAAAACCAAAACAGCAGUGUGAGCCUUUAAAGAUA